AUGUCUGAAGCUACAGAGAAAUUGGAAAAGUUAAAUAUUGAAGAAUCAAAGGCUACAGAAGUACCAUCCGUUGAAGCUGGUGCUGAUGUUCCUUUAGGUGAAGAUGGCCAACCAUUAUCCAAGAAGGCAUUAAAGAAAUUGGAAAAGGAAAAAGAAAAAGCACGUAAGAAGGCUGAAAGAGAAGAACAAUUGGCUAAAGAAAAGGCUGAAAGAGAGGCCAAAGCUGCCAAUGAUCCAGCUAAGGAAAAUUAUGGUAAGUUGCCAAUGAUUAAUUCUUCUUACAAGACUGGUACCACCAGAGUCAAUAUUAAAGACUUAUCUGCUGCCAACGAUGGCGAAGAAGUUGUUUUCAGAGCUAGAGCCCAUACCUCAAGACAACAAGGUGCUACUAUGGCAUUUAUCACUUUAAGACAACAAGAUAAUUUAAUCCAAGCCUUAAUUAAAGCUAAUGGUGAAUCUAUUUCUAAACAAAUGGUUAAGUGGGUUGGAUCUAUUAAUUUAGAAUCGAUUGUCGUCGUCCAUGGUGUUGUCAGAAAGGUCGAAGAAGAAAUCAAGUCUGCAACUGUCCAAGAUGCAGAAGUCCAUGUCACCAAGAUUUACACAAUUGUGGAAACCCCAGAACAAUUACCUGUUUUAAUUGAAGAUGCUACCAGAUCAGAAGCAGAAGCAGAAGCAGCUGGAUUACCAGUUGUCAAUUUAGAUACUAGAUUAGAUGCCAGAGUGAUUGACUUGAGAACACCAACUAACCAAGCUAUUUUUAAAAUUCAAGCUGCUGUCUGUCAGUUAUUCAGAGAAUUUUUAUCUACAAAAGGUUUCACUGAAAUUCAUACUCCUAAGAUUAUUGCUGCACCAUCGGAAGGUGGCUCAAAUGUGUUUGAAAUUUCUUAUUUCAAAGGUAAAGCAUACUUGGCACAAUCUCCUCAAUUAUACAAACAACAAUUAAUUGCUGCUGAUUUUGAAAAGGUUUACGAAGUUGCUCCAGUUUUCAGAGCAGAAAACUCCAACACUCAUCGUCAUAUGACUGAAUUCACUGGGUUAGAUUUGGAAAUGGCAUUCGAAGAACAUUAUGAUGAAGUCAUUGAUGUUUUAUCUGACUUGUUCGUUUUUAUUUUUACCGAAUUGAAGAACAGAUACUCCAAGGAAAUUGCUACUGUUAGAAAACAAUAUCCUGUUGAAGAAUUCAAGCUUCCAGAAGACGGAAAAAUGGUCAGACUUCACUUUAAAGAAGGUAUUGCCAUGUUAAGAGAAGCUGGUAAAGAAGUCGAUGACUUUGAAGAUUUAUCAACUGAAAACGAAAAAUUAUUGGGUAAAUUGGUUAGAGAAAAAUAUAACACCGAUUUCUAUAUCUUAGACAAGUUCCCAUUGGCUAUCAGACCAUUUUACACCAUGCCAGAUAGUGAAGACCCAAGAUACUCCAACUCCUAUGAUUUCUUCAUGAGAGGUGAAGAGAUCUUAUCUGGUGCUCAACGUAUUCACGACCCUGUUCUCUUGAAGGAAAGAAUGAAUGCUCAUGAAAUUGACCCAAGCGUUCCUGGAUUAGAUGACUACGUUGAUGCUUUCACCUAUGGUUGUCCUCCACACGCCGGUGGUGGUAUUGGUUUAGAAAGAGUUGUUAUGUUCUUCUUAGAUUUGAAAAAUAUUCGUCGUGCAUCUUUAUUCCCAAGAGAUCCAAGACGUUUGAGACCAUGA